AUGAAUGGCCCUGACAUGGAGGAAAUGCCGUUUCAGAAAGUCAAGAAGAGCAAGAAGACGAGAAAGAAGAAAUGUUGUCGCCGCCGCCGCUGCUGCUGCUGUUGCUGCUGCUCCUCCACACCCGGCCCGCCGUUGGCAGCGGCGCCACUGCCAACUCCGUCGGCUGCAGGCAGUAGUAGCAGCACCUCCGGAGCUGCGGCCGUGGUAGUGAGAACUGUCGGAGAGGGUCCCCCGUUGCCCUUCCUAGACGGCGUCGCCUGUGAGGAUCAGUUCGACUGCAAGGAACUGGAGUCGCUCUUCCAGAAUUACAAUCUGAAGCUGGAGCAGACAUCCACACUCAAAGCGCUGGCAGUCCUCAUCGCACUGACUGCCAGCUUGGCGCUGCUGGAGCUGCUUUCGGGCCCCAGCCUGACUAUUUCCAAGGGCUCCCAUCCGGUGCACUGUAUCAUCUUCCUCUCCCUCUUCAUCGUCACCAAUGUUAAGUACCUGCAAGUCACACAGCUACAGCAGAUAGUGAAGCUCACCUUGCUUUUCAGCUUUACCUUCGCCUUCCUCUGCUGCCCUUUCUCGGUGGGCUCCUAUGGCAUGGAGCCACCCAGCGCCCCCGAGCAGGGUAUGUGGCAGCUCAUGCUGGUCAUCUUUGUCUCCUACUCCCUCUUGCCCGUCCGCACUCUCCUGGCCAUCGUCUUCGGUUUGGUAGUGACCGUCUCCCAUCUCAUAGUCACUGCCACUUCAGUCAGUGUCAAGAGGAAGCCCCUCUGGAAGACGCUUAUGGCCAAUGCUAUCCUUUUUGUCAGUGUAAACCUGUAUGGGGUCUUUGUAAGGAUAUUGACGGAGAGGGCUCAGAGAAAGGCCUUCCUUCAGGCCAGGAACUGCAUAGAGGACAGGCUGAAGUUGGAGGAUGAAAAUGAAAAACAGGAACGACUCCUGAUGAGCCUUUUGCCCAGAAAUGUUGCCAUGGAAAUGAAGGAAGAUUUCCUUAAGCCACCUGAAAGAAUUUUCCAUAAGAUUUACAUUCAGAGGCAUGACAAUGAAAACCAUUGCAGAAGGAUAAAGAUCCUCGGGGAUUGUUACUAUUGUGUAUCAGGAUUGACUCAGCCCAAAACUGAUCAUGCUCAUUGCUGUGUUGAAAUGGGAUUGGAUAUGAUUGACACCAUCACAUCAGUAGCUGAAGCCACUGAAGUAGAUCUCAAUAUGAGAGUUGGUUUGCACACUGGAAGGGUUCUUUGUGGAGUUCUGGGUCUUCGAAAAUGGCAAUAUGAUGUUUGGUCAAAUGAUGUGACUCUUGCUAAUGUAAUGGAAGCUGGAGGGUUGCCUGGGAAAGUACAUGUAACAAAGACCACUUUGGAGUGCCUAAAUGGUGACUAUGAGGUAGAGCCCGGAUAUGGCUAUGAAAGGAACAGUUUCUUAAAGAAGCAUAAUAUUGAAACCUUUUUCAUUGUGCCAUCUCAUCGGAGAAAGAUAUUUCCAGGGCUUAUUCUCUCUGACAUAAAGCCUGCCAAAAGAAUGAAGUUCAAGACUGUUUGUUACCUCUUAGUUCAGCUGAUGCACUGUCGCAAAAUGUUUAAAGCUGAAAUUCCCUUCUCCAACGUGAUGACUUGUGAAGAUGAUGACAAGAGAAGGGCAUUAAGGACAGCCUCUGAAAAACUCAGGAAUCGUUCCUCUUUUUCUACAAAUGUUGUAUAUAACACUCCUGGAACCCGAGUUAACCGGUAUAUCAGCCGCUUAAUAGAGGCUCGGCAAACUGAAUCAGAAAUGGCAGAUCUAAACUUUUUUACUCUAAGAUAUAAGCAGAUAGAACGUGAGCAAAAGUAUCACCAACUUCAGGAUGAAUAUUUCACCAGUGCUGUAGUCUUGUCAUUGAUUCUAGCUGCCUUAUUUGGCCUUGUCUACCUUUUAAUAAUUCCACAGAGUACCAUAGUCCUCAUUCUCUUAGUGUUUUGCAUGUGCUUCCUGGUGGCAUGCAUCAUGUAUCUACAUGUCACUCGAGUACAAUGUUUUCCAGGGUGCCUGACAAUACAAAUUAGAACUAUUUUGUGUAUUUUUAUUGUGAUCUUAAUUUACUCAGUGGCACAAGGCUGUGUGGUUGGUUGUAUGCCUUGGAUCUGGAACACUAAUUCCAGCAGCUCUAUAAUUAUAAUUUACUCCAGUGGGACAAAUAAGACAAUGACUGAACUUCCAUGCGAUACAGCCCAUUAUGCAUUUCUCUCCUGUGUUGCGGGGACUUUGACCCUGGCAAUAUUUUUACGUGUAUCUUCUUUGCCAAAAUUGAUCCUCCUCCUUUUUGUUAUGAUUCUGUAUAUAGUUAUUUUGGAGCUCAGUGGAUACCGAAAAGCAGUAGGGGAUGGCUCCUUUUAUAUACGUGGCUAUGAACCAAUAUUAGCCAUCUUGCUGUUUUCCUGUGCUUUGGCACUUCAUUCAAGACAGGUAGAUUUGAAGUUACGUUUAGACUACCUCUGGGCUGUACAGGCAGAAGAGGAAAGAGAUGAUAUGGAGAGAGUGAAACUAGAUAACAAACGAAUACUUUUCAAUCUGUUGCCAGCACAUGUUGCUCAGCAUUUUCUUAUGUCUAAUCCAAGGAAUAUGGACUUGUAUUACCAGUCAUAUUCACAAGUAGGAGUGAUGUUUGCAUCCAUACCAAAUUUCAAUGAUUUUUACAUUGAACUGGAUGGUAAUAAUAUGGGAGUAGAAUGUUUACGCCUGUUAAAUGAAAUUAUAGCUGACUUUGAUGAGCUUAUGGACAAAGAAUAUUACAAAGACAUUGAAAAAAUCAAGACAAUUGGAAGCACAUAUAUGGCAGCGGUAGGCCUUGUGCCAACUACAGAUAGCAAGACAAAGAAAUCGAUUUAUUUCCAUCUCAGUACACUGGCUGAUUUUGCAAUAGAAAUGUUUGAUGUUCUUGAUGAAAUCAACUAUCAGUCCUACAAUGAUUUUGUUCUUCGGGUUGGUAUUAAUGUAGGCCCUGUAGUGGCAGGUGUCAUUGGUGCCAGAAGACCUCAAUAUGAUAUCUGGGGUAAUACUGUAAAUGUUGCUAGCAGGAUGGAUAGUACUGGAGUACAAGGUAAAAUUCAAGUUACGGAAGAAGUACAACGUAUAUUGAAGAGGUGCAAUUAUGAGUGUGUUUGUCGGGGGAAAGUCAGUGUGAAAGGCAAAGGUGAAAUGCUGACUUAUUUUCUAGAAGGAAAGACCGAUGGAAAUAAUUCACAAAUACGAUCUUUAAACUUAGAAAGGAAAAUUUAUUCCUAUGGGAGAGCAAACAUUCAGACCAAACUGGGCACAAGUUGUCCAUCUAUGUGCUCAUCCCCCAGCCUUUCAACAAACACUGGGUCUGGAACACUUCAACCACCAAUAGCACAUACUAAUCAGACACUCCAUUAUCUUCCUUCUUUGCCAGCUAUAAAAGAGGCAUGA